ACAGAUAGAUGAUAAAUAUAUAGAUAGGUAGAUAGAUGAUAGAGACAGAUAGAUGGAUGGAUGGAUGGAUAGAUAGAUCAUAGAUUGAUAGAUUUAUGAUAGAUAGAUGUGUGGGUAGAUAGAUGACAGAUAGAUGUUAAAUAUAUAGAUAGGUUGAUAGAUGAUAGAUAGAUAGAUAGAUAGAUAGAUAGAUAGAUAGAUAGAUAGAUAGAUAGAUAAUAAAUAGAUAGGUAGAUAGAUGAUUGAUAUGGAUGGAUGGAUAGAUAGAUAUAUGGAUAGAUUGAUAGAUAUAUAGAUAGAAGAUAGAUUUAUGAUAGAUAAAUAUAUAGGUAGGUGGGUGGGUAGGUAGGUAGAUACAGAUAGAUGAUAGAUAGAUAGAUAGAUAGAUAGAUAGAUAGAUAGAUAGAUAGAUAGAUAGAUAGAUAGAUAGAUAGAUAGAUAGAUAGAUAGAUGCGUGGGUAAAUAGAUGACAGAUAGAUAUAGAUAGAUGAUAAAUAUAUAGAUAGGUAGAUAGAUGAUUGAUAGAGACAGAUGGAUGGAUGGAUGGAUAGAUAAUAGAUUGAUAGAUAGAUAGAUAGAUAGAUAGAUAGAUAGAUAGAUAGAUAGACAGACAGAUGGAUAGCUAUGUGGGUAGAUAGAUGACAGAUAGAGAUAGAUGAUAAAUAUAUAGAUAGAUAGAUGAUAGAUAGAUAAUAAAUACAUAGGUAGAUAGAUGAUUGGUAGAGACAGAUAGAUGGAGGGAUGGAUAAUAGAUUGAUAGAUUUAUGAUAGAUAGAUAGAUAGAUAGAUAGAUAGAUAGAUAGAUAGAAAUAGAUGGAUAGAUAGAUAGAUAGAUAGAAAUAGAUGGAUAGAUAGAUAGAUAGAUAGAUAGAUAGAUAGAUAGAUAGAUAGAUACAAAUAGAUGGAUAGAUAGAUAGAUAGAUAGAUAGAUAGAUAGAUACAAAUAGAUGGAUAGAUAGAUAGAUAGAUAGAUAGAUAGAUAGAUAGAUAGAUAGAUAGAUACAAAUAGAUGGAUAGAUAGAUAGAUAGAUAGAUAGAAAUAGAUGGAUGGAUAGAUAGAUAGAUAGAUAGAUAGAUAGAUAGAUAGAUAGAUACUAAUAGAUGGAUAGAUAGAUAGAUAGAUAGAUAGAUAGAUGAAAGAUAGAUAAUAAAUACAUAGAUAGGUAGAUAGAUGAUUGAUAGAUAUAGAUGGAUGGAUGGAUAGAUAAUAGAUUGAUAGAUUUAUGAUAGGUAGGUAGGUAGAUGAUAGAUAUAGAUAGCUAGAUGAUAUACAUAGGUGAUAGGAACGUACCAACGUAGAUGAUAGAUACAUAGAUAAUAGAUAGAUAGAUAGAUACUGUAUAUACAUAGAUGAGCCCCCGGUGGCACAGCAUGUUAAAGCACUGAGCUGCUGAACGUGCAGACUGAAAGGCACUCUGCUCAUGUUCGGAAUCAUUCUGCUCAUGCUCAGAGGUCUUCUACUCAUGUUCAAAGGCACUCUGCUCAUGCUCAGAGCCACUUAUGUUCAAAGGCACUCUGUUCAUGCUUAAGGCAUUUAUGUUAUGCUCAGGUGCCCUCAGGUCAUGCUCAGAGGCACUUAUGUUCAGCGGCAUUCUGUUCAUGCUCAGAGGCAUUUAUGUUUCAGAGGCACUCUGCUUAUGUCCAAAGGCACUUUGCUCAUGCUCAGAGGCAUUUAUGUUUCAGAGGCACUCUGUUUAUGCUCAGAGGCACUCUGCUCAUGUGUAAAGCCACUCUGCUUAUGCUCAGAGACAUUCUGCUCAUGCUCAGAAGCACUCUUCUCAUGCUCAAGUGCAAUCUGCUAUUGCUCAGAGGCAGCUAUGUACAGAGGCACUCUGCUCAGGUUCAGAGGCAUUUAUGUUUCAGAGACACUCUGUUCAUGUUCAGAGGCACUCUUCUCAUGCUCAGAUGCAGUCUGCUCUUGCUCAGAGGCAGUUAUGUUUGGAGGCACUCUGUUCAUGCUCAGAGGCACGUGUUCAGAGGCACCCUGCUCAGGUUCAGAGUCAUUUAUGUUUCAGAGGCACUCUGCUCAUGUCCAGAGGCACUCUCUCCAUGUGCAAAGGCACUCUGUUCAUGCUCAGAUGCAGUCUGCUCUUGCUCAGAGGCACAUGUUCAGGUGCACUCUGCUCAGGUUCACAGACAUUCUGCUCAUGCUCAGAGGCACUCUUCUCAUGCUCAGAUGCAGUCUGCUCUUGCUCAGAGGCAGCUAUGUUCAGAGGCACUUUGCUCAGGUUCAGAGGCAUUUAUGUUUCAAAGGCACUCUGUUGAUGCUCAGAGGCACUAUGUUCAGCAGAGGCAAUCUGCUCUUGCUCAGAGGCAGCUAUGUUCAGAGGCACUCUGUUCAUGCUCAGAGGCACUUAUGUUCAGAGGCACUCUGUUCAUGCUCAGAGGCAUGUAAGUUUCAGAGGCAUUCUGCUCAUGCCCAAAGGCACUCUGCUCAUGCUCAGAUUUAUUCUGCUCAUGUUCGGAGGCACUCUGUUCAUGCUCAGAGGCACUUAUAUUCAGGGGCACUCUGCUCAGGUUCAGAGACAUUUAUGUUUCAGAGCCACUCUGCUCAUGUCCAAAGGCACUCUGUUCAUGCUCAGAGGCAUCUAUGUCCAGAAGCAUUACUCAAGCUCAGAGGGGGAGUCCGGGGAGGCCCAAGCGCACGGGGCAUGACACCCAGAAGAGGCCCUGGGAGCGCUUGGCCUUUCUUUCUUCGGCGGGCACGGUUGUUCAGAGGCAGCUCACAUCCAUUGCUCCUCCCGGCCCAUAUAGAUCCCUCGCCUGCCUGCUUCCCUUCCGAAAGUGCGUUUUAUGGAUAA